UCUAGGCCAGCCGGCGCCGCUGCUGACGUGAAAGACACGCGCUGGGUCCGGGCCUCCGACGCCAUCAAAUGAUGCUGCUUAGAAAAACUUUCCAGCAGUUGUGCGGCUUAAAGAAACUCCCAUGGUCAUGUGACUCCCGUUACUUCUGGGACUGGUUGAAUGCAGUGUUUAAUAAAGUAGAUUAUGAACGCAUCAAGGACGUAGGCCCAGACAGGGCAGCCUCCGAGUGGCUGCUACGCUGUGGGGCUAUGGUGCGCUACCACGGCCAGCACAGGUGGCAGAAGGACUACAACAGCCUCCCAACAGGCCCUCUGGACAUAAUGAUUCAGGCUAUCGAUGCCACAGACUCAUGUAUCAUGAGAAUUGGAUUUGAUUACUUAGAGGGCCUGCAGCAUGUUGAAAAAAUAAAGCUAUGCAAGUGUCACUAUAUUGAGGAUUAUUGUUUGGAGAGACUUAGUCAAUUUGAAAAUUUACAGAAAAGCAUGUUGGAAAUGGAAAUAAUUUCAUGUGGAAAUAUCACAAGCAAAGGCAUCAUUGCUUUGUAUCACUGUAACCUCAAGUGUUUGUUGUUAAGUGAUCUUCCUGGAGUAAGAGACAAAGAAAACCUUGUUCAAGCCUUUAAGAUAGCACUGCCUUCUUUGGAACUAAAAUUGGACUUGAAGUAAAAUAGUAAUAAUAAGUGUCUUAUUUCAACUUAAAGUAUCAUUUGAAAUUAUUGAUCCUAAAUGGUAACAAAUAUAAUUAUCAAUAGAACUGUAAGGAUGUAUUAGUAUAUUUCAAAGCAAAGUCUU